GUUCUGGUCAAUUGACUAGUAUGAUUGAAUUGGGCUGGUAGUGAUCAAGCUAAGAAACACACUGGGGGCGACUAGUGAGGGCAAUCCGACGACCAGCUCAGCCGGGUCCUGCAAAGUUCCAGUUUUCACCACUGAACGCAGCCGCAAGCAGCGCCAGAGGCGUCGUCCAUAUCAUGCGCACACGUUUGAUGGCGUCGCUGCUGCUGGCUGCAUGCUUCGCCGUCGCGCUGUGCGGCGCACGGGCAGGCGAGGACGCCGGGUGCGGCGCGGCCGCCCCCGACCCCCUGUUGUACCGCGUUCUAAACCUGGAGCCUAACAAACACCUCAAACAGCUUUCAGAGAUCAGUGACACGGAGGGCUCGCUGGCGCGCACCUUCUUCUCGCCGGCACACCGCAAGGCGGCAGAGCAGCUGAAGCGCUGGAUGUCGGACGCGGGCAUGGAGUCCUGGGUGGACGCGGUGGGCAACGUGCACGGCAGGCUGCUGCCGCCCGCGCCGGCGGCGGCGGCGGCUGCUGAGGCGGCUGCUGGUGGCGGCGGCUCGGCCCAGCCCAAGCUGGUGCUGCUGGGUUCGCACUAUGACACCGUGCUGGACGGCGGCGCCUACGACGGCGCUCUGGGCAUCAUCGUGGGGCUGGCCGCGGUCAAGGGCGCUCUGCUGCGGGCGCUGCAGGAGGCCGGCAGGGCAGGCAGCCUGCCUCCGCAGCUGGACGAGCAGGACGUCGACGUGGUCAUCCCGCCGGCGCUGGCUGCCUCGGUGCUGGUGGGCGGCCGCGGGCUGCACCUGGUGGCCUUCGCGGACGAGGAGGGGGUGCGCUUCGGGUCCACAUUCCUGGGCAGCAGGGCCGUGGCCGGCACGCUGCUCAAGUACGGCAUGCUAAGCUCCAAGGACAAGGCGGGGGCCAGCCUGCUGCAGGUGCUCCGCGAGGAGGGCGGUGUGCCGGAGCCGGUGGCGGGCGUGGUGUCGGACUUGGCGCUGGACGCCGCCAGCAUCGCCGAGUACGUGGAGGUGCACAUCGAGCAGGGCCCGGUGUUGGAGGCUCGCGACCUGCCCCUGGGUGUGGUGGCGGGCAUUGCGGGGCAGACGCGGCUGUGGGUCACCGUGAACGGCACGCAGGGCCACGCCGGCACGGUGCCCAUGCGUGGGCGGCGCGACUCGCUGGCGGCGGCGGCGGAGCUGGUGACGGCACUGGAGGCGCUGUGCAAUGCCGACCCGGCCUCGGGCGGAGUGUCCGAGGAGGAGAACCUGGUGUGCACGGUGGGCGAGGUCAAGGUGUGGCCGGGCGCCUCCAACGUCAUCGCCGGCAGCACCGGCUUCAGUGUGGACAUACGCAGCAAGACAGACCCCGCGAGACUGGCCGUGGUGGACCAGUACCUGGAGGUGGUGCGGGCGGCCUGCCAGCGCCGCGGCGUGCCGUGCGCCGUGGACCGCAAGCACGACGCCGCCGCCGUGCUCAGCGACCCCGGGGUCAUGGCCGGGAUGACGGCGGCGGUGCGCGCAGCCGAGCCGCUGUUGCUGGCGGCGCUGUCGCCCGCCGAGGCCGCCUCGCCCACCUGCGGCCGCCUGGCUGCCGGGCUGCGCGACGUGCCGGUGUUGGUCAGCGGCGCGGGACACGACGCCAUGGCCAUCGCCGAGGCCGUGCCCAAGAUGGCGAUGCUGUUUGUGCGCUGCCGCGGCGGCGUGAGCCACUCGCCUCUGGAGCACGUGGAGCCGCAUGACGUGACCGCCAGCAGCGCAGCGCUGGCGGCUUACCUGUGGGGCCGCGUGGCGGGUGGCCCGGCGGCGGUGGAGGCGGCGAUGCGGGCGGCGCAGACGGAGGCGGGGUCGGAGCCGGCUGCUAGCGGUGCGGGAUCGGGGCACGAGGAGCUGUGAGGGCUACAUGUGUGUUGAGAUGGGUGGUGCAGGCAGGCUGGGCGUGCGAGUUGGGGAGGCAAGGGAUGGUAUUGAGGAGAAGGGAUUCAAGGGACCACACGGGGCAGGAUGGCGGAGGUGUGUAGGGGCCUGGUCCGGAUUACGGUCGUAGCUAGGGUGAUUGCCGCUUGCGCCAGUGUGUGUUUGGUGCAAGGCGGGGCCAAGCGCGUGCACGGCUCAGCCGUGGGACGGUGGGGCAUACCACUAGGCAAUCGUGGGACACAUGCUCGUGCAUCGUGAGAUCCUGGGUUUGGGAUCUGGAAGCGUCUAAGAAACGUGGGCUCCGAAGACGGCGGGGCCCCGAUGUGGUGAAGGCCACCCGGAUGAGAUGAUGGCACGGCCGGCACCAGCGCAUUUCUCAGCGGUGUCGAGCUUGGCUCACUAUUUAAUUGUUACAUUACAAGAUGGACGAACAGGCG